AUGUCGGAUCCGGAAGAGAAGUUUCCACCUAUUCCUUCCCAUCCUUCUGCAGAGGAUGCGGAGCGGAACCACAAAGCAGAUACGGACCACACUGGAGACGAUACCAAGCCAGACGCGCUCACUCCAGAAGAUGCUAGUGUGAAGCCUAGUAUCUCAUCGUCCCAACGAUGGCGAACAGCAAGCCAGCGGGUCCGAAACCGUGCCGCCACUAUAGCAGAGAGACUUGGACGACCGCCUGAGAGAGAAGCAGAUGGCUUGGAUUCGCCAUUUUUACCGGAGUAUUAUGGAGCAACGGAUGACAUCAAAAGCUAUGAGGCCCGACAAGCAAAUGAUGAGGAAGACAGACUUCCCGGAACAGACUACAAUUCACAGGCUCGUCUGUUGGUGGAAAGAUUAGGCUUACAGUCCGAACCAAGGCUUCCGCGCGUUGAAGAGCCUCGUUCAGGUGCCACAACCCCAGGCACUCCAGAUGGAACGGCAAUCCCUGGCGGUCCACCAGGUGGACUUCUUUCCCAGUUACUUCGAGUCUACGCCAACAACCUUCAAACGGCGAGUCGGAUGAGUCUCGUCUCCACAGCAUCAGAGACCGACCCGGAAACGGAGACACUGGCACCGUCUGGCACGGUGACUCCAGGUGGAAAGAAAGAAAAAUUGAAGUGGUACAAUAAUGGCCACCAUCAAACCAAGUCAAAUCACAGUUAUACCUCCUCUCUCAUCCAUGCAUCCAUGGAUAUGAGCCGGGUCGGAGUCCCCAAUGCCGCAGGACCACCUCCCGUAAACCCCAAGCAACGAAAGAAAGAGAAACGCAAGAGCAAGAAAGAUGUCAAGCUCACAGUGCAUAUUGCCCGCCUCCUGGCCCGUCAGCAGUACAUAAUGCAACUUUGUCGUGCGCUGAUGAAGUACGGCGCCCCAACUCAUCGACUAGAGGAGUACAUGAUGAUGACCUCCAACGUGCUGGAGGUCAAAGCGCAAUUCUUGUAUAUUCCAGGUUGCAUGUUCAUGUCAUUCGAUGAUCCUCUGACCCGCACAGCGGAGGUCAAAAUCAUUCGCGUGAUCCAGGGACUCGAUUUGUCCCGCCUGGCCGAGACUCACAACGUCUACAAAAAUGUUGUGCACGAUGUCAUCGGCGUGGAGCAGGCCACGCAGGAUUUGGACCAAAUCAUGCAACGCAAACCGCGCUACAACCGCUGGAUGCUAGUGUGUCUAACUGGCCUAGCCAGCGUCGCAGUCGGACCGUACUCCUUCAGCGCACGCCCAGUCGACCUUCCCAUCAUCUUCAUCCUAGGAUGUCUCGUAGGCUUUAUGCAACACGUCCUCGCCCCAAGCUCAGCAACGUACUCGAACGUACUCGAAGUAUCCGCCGCAAUUCUAACAUCAUUCAUCGCCCGCGCCUUCGGCAGCAUUCACCACAACGGCGAGCGCGUCUUCUGCUUCUCAGCAAUGGCCCAAUCAUCUAUCGCAAUGAUUCUACCCGGGUUCGCAGUCCUAAGCAGCAGUCUCGAGCUCCAGUCCCACCAAAUGAACGCCGGCUCCAUCCGCAUGGUCUUCACAAUCAUCUACUCCCUCUUCCUCGGCUACGGCGUAACAGUCGGCACAACAAUCUACGGCCUAAUGGACAACAACGCAACCACAGACUCAACAUGCUCCGGCUUGCCCGAAGUCUGGGGAAACGAGUACAUCCAACACUUCCCCUUCGUCGCGCUAUUCUGUCUCUUCGCCGCCCUGAUCAAUCAAUCCAAAGCAAAGCAGCUGCCUGUCACCAUCACCAUGGGCGUGUGCGGGUACGUCGCGAACUACUUCAGCACGAAGAAACUCGGCGCAAACCAGGUCGCCAAUACAAUCGGCGCGUUCACAAUUGGUCUGCUGGCCAAUCUGUACAGCCGCGUUUGGCACGGCCAUGCUGCUGCGGCGAUUAUCCCGGGCAUUUUCACGCUCGUGCCGUCUGGUCUUGCGUCUAGUGGGUCGAUUAUCUCCGGAUUGGAGUAUGCGGAGGCUGUGAAGUCGGGUAAUGUCUCGAGUACCAGUGGAGCGACGAGUAAUAGCUCGCUUACGUCGCUUGGAUAUGGAAUGAUUCAGACGGCGAUUGGAAUCUCCGUUGGGCUUUUCAUCUCCGCUUUGAUUGUUUAUCCGCAUGGGAAGAAGAGGAGUGGGAUUUUCAGUCUUUAG